AUGCUUGCCUUGAGCUCAUAUACUUGCGUGGAGGAGACCAACGACCAUCCCAAGGUCAAUGAUACCGUCGACUAUAGCAGCCCGUUCAUCUCGGAGCGAGCUAUCGACCAGCCCCGACCCCUCAAGGUGGUCUAUAUCGGAGCGGGUAUCUCGGGAAUUAUUGCGGCCAUACGGUUCAUACAGGCGGUCCCUACCCUAGACUUCGUGAUUUAUGAGAAGAAUCCUGAGCUGGGAGGCACAUGGUAUGAGAAUAGAUAUCCUGGUUGUGCAUGCGAUGUCCCAUCCCAUGCAUAUCAGCUUAGCUUUGAGUCUUGGACCGGGUGGAGCAGCUUUUUCUCGGGCUCCGACGAGAUCCUGGAAUACUGGAAACGGGUUGCGAAGAAAUACGACGUCCGAAAAUAUAUCCAAUUCGAGAAGCGAUGCACUGGGGCUCGGUGGAACGAGGCAUUAGGGAAAUGGUUUGUCCAGAUGCUGGACUUACAAACGGGGCAGACAUUUGAAGACAGCGCUGAUGUCUUGAUCACGGGAACAGGUCAGCUCAACGAGUGGAAGUGGCCGUCAAUUCCCGGACUGCACAGUUUCAAGGGGAAAUUACUUCACAGCGCUUGCUGGGACGAGACAUAUGACCUUAAGGGCCAGAAUGUCGCUGUUGUCGGCGGUGGGAGCAGUGGGAUCCAGAUUGUCCCAGCGCUUCUGGAUACGGUGGAGUCUAUGGACCACUACAUCCGUGGAAAGAUGUGGAUCUGUAGCCAACUCGGAGGGGAGCAGCUCGCUGAGCGAACAGGCCAUAAAGGAGGGAAUUUUCGCUUCACCGAAGAGGAGAAGCAGACCUGGCGUGAAGAUCCUGCUGCAUACAUUCGUUAUCGGAGGGAUCUAGAGUUCAAAAUGCAGACGUUCCAUGGGAAAUCGCAAAGAGGAAGCAAAAUGCAAAUCGCUGCGCAGGCCGAGUAUAAGGCCGACAUGGAGCACCGACUGAAGCCGAAACCAGAACUCCUGGAACAACUCCUCCCAACCUUCCCUCCACUCUGCAAACGCAUUGCGCCUGGCCCUGGCUAUCUGGAAGCCCUAACCUCACCCAAGGUUAACGUCAUCACAUCUAGCAUCACCAGUGUCGACGCCACGGGGAUCACCGCCGAUGGAAAACACCGUCCUGUUGAUGCGAUUGUCUGCGCAACAGGUUUCGAGACUAGCCCGGGUAGUGGGUUCCCUAUUAUCGGACGACAAGGAGUAAAUCUUCGUCAACGCUAUGCUGAAUGCCCUGAGACCUAUUUAGGGCUUUGCACGGAUGGCUUCCCGAACUUUUUCCAAUCGCUGGGACCGAACUCAUUCCAGGGAGCUGGGAAUUUGCUUAUCACGAUAGAGCAGACGCAUCUAUAUAUAUCUGAAAUUCUGACCCGAAUGGCAUGCGAUAAUAUCGGGUUGGUAGAGCCGAAGCGGUCACAGGUCGAAAGUUUCACCCAGUAUACAGAAGAGUACUUUAAACGCACCGUCUAUAGCGCGGAAUGUGCGAGCUGGUACAAAUCCUCCCCGCCGGGUACAUCCCCACAAGCACAGCAACGGGGUCGGGUCACAGCUCUAUGGCCAGGAAGUAGCCUCCACGCCAUCAGGGCGCUGAGACGGGUUCGAUGGGAGGACUUUGAAAUCAGCCCAUAUGAUGGCAAUGGCUUUGGGUGGUUUGGAAACGGAUGGACCGUACAAGAGAAGGCACCGCAAAUCGAGGAUGGAAUUACGCCUUAUCUAGAUAAUACUGGGUUUGUGGAUGAUGUCCAGUUAGAAGACAACGACAGGAAGAUGUAUUGA